AUGUACGUUGAACUCAGAGAGUCCGCCAUGCCAAAGAUUAAAUUUGAUGAUGAACUUGUAGAUUUCAUUUCUAGAACCGAGGGACUUAUUAAGGAAGAGGAGGUGAUUGCUGGCUUUUAUAACUUUGAAGAUCACCAUUAAAAAAUUGAAAAUGUCGAUAAACACCAUUCUCAUUAAAUUAAUAAUCAAGGUGGAGUGGUCAUUAGAGAUACAUACUUUAAUAAUAUUUUUAAGGAUAAGGAUAAUAGUAGAGGGUCAAAUCCAUAGAUAAGAAGUUCAGAUUUAUAGCAGGAUCAAAGUUAUAUGUUUAACAAGAUGAAAAUGUAUAUAAAGAAAAAGUAUUAGGAGGAGGUUAAUGAUGACGAUGAGAAAUCAUCUGGAUUCAGUUUGAGAAGAUUAGUUCACUACAUAAUUGCUAAACCAUUUAAUCUUUGGAGAGACUUAAUGAUUCCUAUCUCAGAGGAAGAUGUAUGGAGACGUAACUUUUCAUCAUUAUCUCCUAUUGUUGGUUUAAUAACAGUACUGGCAUAUACUGAAUACAUUUUUGAUCAUUUCUAGCAAGCUGCUGCUGGGGUUGCUGUUUUACUAGGAUUAGUGAUAAGACUGAAAACAUAUAGAAAUAAACCGCCUCAAAAAGCAUUAAUGUUCUUUUUGCUAUUCUCUUUCGCAAUGAGUAUUUUUUGGAUCUGGGCUACUGCCUAAUUACUAAUUGACCUUCUUGAGAUUUUUGGAUUACUCACUGGUCUUCCAAAUAAUCUAUUAGCUUUGACUGUUUUAGCCUGGGGUAACUCAGUAGGAGAUUUCAUAGCUAAUACAUCUAUUGCCAAAAAGGGUUUUGCUGAAAUGGCACUUACAGGAUGCUUCGCUGCACCCCUAUUUAACAAUGUUCUAGGACUAGGAAUAACCGUAUUUAAAAGCAACUAUAUCACUGGUGAAGUAAUAAACUGCUAAAUUGAAGAUUUCCAUGCUAGAAUACCAUUGAUAAUGAUUGCAGGAAACUUUUUGACCCUGUUUUUAAUACUAAUUACAACUAUUUGCAAUGGGUCACACCUAUCAAAAAUACAGGCAUUUAUAAAUAUCUUAAUCUACGCAGCCAUCAUUGUAGUUAUUGUGGUUCAAGCUCUUUAAUGA